CUGCGAGAGGAGGACCAGAAAUCUGCAGCUCACAGAGGGAAGAGAUCAAAAUGAUGCUGCCUGUAAAAAGGGAUUAAACUCUGGGCGCCACCUCGCUUGGAUCGGCUGCUGCUGGUUGGAUAAUACCGAUUUGGCACCCGGGCGUUGAGAAAGGAAACAUGCCGUCGCUGAGCAUCCGUUGCGACGCUUGACUCAACAUGAUGAAGACCGAAUCCACAUCCAAGAGCACCGGCUCUGGCUCCACGCUCAGGAGCCCAUCCCCGCACAGGAACGCGUACGAAGCGGGGAUGCAGGCCCUGAAGCCCGUCAAAGACAAUGCCGCCAACGGGGACCUGCAGGAUGGCCCCCGAGGGCGCAGGUACGGCUCCAACGUGCACCGUAUCAAGAACAUGUUCCAGCAGAUGCAGACCACAUCCCCGGCCGAUGCGGAGGGAGAGGAAUGCACCAGGAACCCCGAGAAAUCGGUGCGCCUCUCUCUCCCUAGAGCCGGGAGCCUGAACGAGAACGUGGACCACAGCGCGUUGCUGAAGCUGGGAUCCACCGUGUCCGAGCGCGUGAGCAAAUUCGACAUCACCAAACCGGAGAACGGGCACCCGCGGGCCUCGUCGCCUAGCUUCUCCAAGCUGCAGGAGACCCGCCGCAUCUUCGAGCAGCAGCAGGAGAGGCAGCAGCAGGAGGAGGAGAAGCAGCAGGAGAUCCAGCAGCAGCAUGAGAAGCUGGCCACCACCAGGGUUCUCCUGAAGACUGACAAGGCCUCAAGCUUCCAGGAGAGCAGGUUGGACGUGAUGGCUCGUUUCAACGGCAGCACAGAGUCCCUGGACAGCCUGGACACCAGCGAGGCCGUGUCCCCUACGGUCAGCCAGCUCAGUGCCGUGUUUGAACGGGCGGCCGAGCUCCGGAACAACCUCCACCGCCUCUCCUCGACCCCACCGCUGCCCUCCAGGGGGGUCAGCGCCAAGGUGGGUGUGUUGAACUCCAAAAUAAUCACAAAGAGGGUUUGUGCCUUUGCAGCGGGCAACCAGGACGAAGAUAUUAGCAAUCAGAUGGGCCAAGAGGGGCCUCCGAGGGGCCCCAGGGCGAGGAUGGCUCCUCCGUCUGAAAGCUUUAAUGGGGACCAAAACCCCCCAGAUACUGAACUUUACAGUACUGCAGGAGAGCCAAAUGAGCAGAGAGAAAAGACAGUGUCAGAUGCAGGUGUUGAGGUCAAACCUGAGGAACACUAUGGGGCCAAGGGGCCCAACAGCACAACACUGCAAGGUGACAUCCACAUCUCUGUGGAGAACGGAGACACCGCUGCCCAGAAGAAGAGCUCUCCAAAGGGUGGCGACAUGGCCAGGGACGCUGGGGACGAAGACCGGACUCUCAGAGACGACCAGUCGGGGCGCGACUCUGUGGAUAUCAGUACCUACAGCGCGGUGGGGGAGGACUUUGGAGGAAGCCAGGUGGACGAGGAGGAAGACGAGGUCGAUGACAGCUAUGAGGCCGAGUCCAGCUGUGCGGAGAUCUCUGGGCUGCCUGUGGAGGAGGACCCGCCCCCCUCCAGGAAGAUCCGCUUCAGCACAGAGCCCAUCAAGGUGUUUGCCACCUACCCCAACGAGGACUACGACCGGCGCAAUGAAGACGUGGAUCCCAUGGCGGCGUCUGCAGAGUACGAGCUGGAGAAGAGGGUGGAGAGGCUGGACCUGUUCCCCGCGGAGCUGGAGAAAGAUGGCGAGGGCCUGGGCAUCAGUAUCAUCGGGAUGGGUGCCGGGGCCGACAUGGGCCUGGAGAAGCUGGGCAUCUUCGUCAAGACCGUCACGGAUGGAGGAGCAGCACACAAGGAUGGGAGGAUCCUGGUGAACGAUCUGAUCGUGGAGGUGGACGGGACCAGUUUGGUGGGAGUCACCCAGAACUUUGCCGCCUCCGUACUCAGGAACACCUCAGGAACUGUCAAGUUCGUGAUCGGGCGAGAAAAGCCGGGCGAGCAGAGCGAGGUGGCCCAGCUCAUCCAGCAGACGCUGGAGCAGGAGCGCUGGCAGAGGGAGAUGAUGGAGCAGCGCUACAACCAGUACAUGGACGAGCAGGAGGGCGGUGAGUACGGCACGGACGAGGAAGAGGACGAGGACGAGGAGGUCAGCCCGCCGUAUCCCAGCGCCAUCGAGGUGUUUGACCUGGCGGAGAACGAGGACAUGUCCCCCCUGGAGACAGACCCUGAGAAACUGGCACAUAAAUACAAAGAGCUCCAAAUAAAGCAUGCUGUGACCCAAGCUGAGAUCCAACAGCUGAAGAGAAAGCUGCACCACGCGGAGCAGGAGAAGCAGCGCUGGCGUAUGGACAAGGCCCAGCUGGAACAGACCCUGCAGGAGAACAAGGAGCGCAUGGAUAAGCUGGAGGGCUACUGGAUGGAGGCUCAGAGCCUGUGCCAGGCGGUGGACGAGCACUUGAAGGAGACGCAGUCCCAGUAUCAGGCCCUGGAGCGCAAGUACAGCAAAGCCAAACGCCUGAUCAAGGAGUAUCAGCAGAAGGAGAUCGAGUACCUGAAGAAGGAGACCCAGCGCUGUGCACAAGUUGGAGCUGAGGCCUCUCUUCUCAAAGAGGAGUCCGGGCAACUUCAAGAGCAGGUGGCGGACCUGGAGUGCCGGGUGGAGGAGCUGAAAUCUGAACCUUUAUAAAAGUAAAAGCCUUUUUGUCCGUCACGCGUCUCAGAGAGCAGAACUUCACUAGCUACAGGAGGAGACGGUGUCAUUGUACUUGACCUGCAGGGUAUUUCCUCGUCGCCCCCGUGAGCUUGGUUUCCGGGCGCAUACCGUAUACGUGUCCUCAGGCUUCGUAUUUCAGCCACUUUUAACCCCUUUUAACCAUGUUUUUCUGUUACCAUUUAUGGGAUUGUGAAGAACGGUUUUAUCAUCACAAAUACAGACUCUGUUGAGCUCUAGAUGUGCUGUUCCUUUUCAGUAUUUAAUCCCUUACUUUGUGGUUUUGUGACAGACCAGGAUGUUACUUUUAAUUGCCAAAAAAAAAAAAAAAGACCCCUUUCUUUCUUUCGCCUGGUUUUGUGACCUUUUCUUUUUUUUUGUACAGAUGUGAUACUGUGUGGUUUAACAAUCAGUUUGGUUUGUAAAAAUUUUUAAUAUGUGUAUAACAUUUAACAUAAUAUAAACUAAUGAGAUAGAGGGUUGUUGUAUAUUUUAUGUGAUGUAAAUUGGAUGGAGAUUGCACUGAAGAAGACACCAACAAGGUGCUUCACUGGAACGGAGGAAGAAACGGGAACUAUAUUUGGAGGUGUCUUCGAAAUAGUAGAAACUGUAACCCAACCUUCGUAGGGGUCUUUGUCAAUUAACCACCUGCUGCCUACCUUUCAGAAGUGUUUGUGUAUUUUUUACACACUAAAGAGACUCUUCAAUGAGCGUCCCAACCCCUCCGGUCUCAACCCCUCGCUUCUUUAAAUAAAAAAAACAAAAAACAAAAACAGGACCACAGAAAACAAGCCUCCACAAAUGAAAAUGGAUCUCUCCCCCCUCCAAAUGGAUGUUGUCAAGGACUUGUGUAACUGGUAUUAGUUAGGACUACUGAUAUAAGAAACAUUACUGGACCGAGAUUGUUUAAAGAAGCCGUUACCAGCAGCAAAUAUUUUAAAACGCUUGUGUCUCGAACCAGCAGCUGCACUCGACACCGCUGUGUGUAGCACAUGGAAAACACUGCCGGGUUCACGCCUGUUUCAAUUCACGCACACAGUUUCAAAUGGAAUUGAGUCUCCUCGUGUCAACCGUCAUACCAGUAUGUUUGUAUAGUUCAGGUAAGACUGAAAUAUUUUAAUUUUACUUAAUAUUUAUAAUCUAGUCAAAAAAGGUAGAAAUAUGAGCUAACGAGGACAAAAAGUGACAGAAGCAAUGUUCAGUAGACAGUUGUAACUGUGUAGAUCUGGAUGACUACAGAAACUAAAUUAAGAUUAAUGAAUUGACAAAAAAAAAAAACAGGCAUGGUUAUGAGUAUUUUCAUAAUAUUAAGGCUUGUACAGUGCACAUGCUUUGCAUUGUAUGUUUUGUGGAAUAAAUGGUCAACAGUGAA